GCCUGGAUUCCCCUCACCAACCCCCUCCUGCUGCUGUCUCUGGUUUGUAGCGAGUGUACAGCAAGAGCACAGCCCAGAAAUGGUGUAGGAGAGCAGGAAAGGAAGAAGAAAUCAAACCCAGGGAGGGACAGACAAGGCCUAAGGGUUAAGGUAAAGGUAGAAUGCUUCCAGGCUCUUUUGAAACAAGCGGAGCUCAACAAAUCUGACAGUUUGACGGAUGGCAUCGAAGCUGUGAUCUUGCAAAGACUGUGCCAGCGGAGCAGUCGUGGGUCAAAGCUGAGACGUCAGCGUGGCACAAUGGAGGGAGAGCAGGGUCCUGCUGCUUCCAGUGUCAGCAUGGCAAGCACUUCCAGCUCCUUCACUAACUCUACAACCUCUACAACCAGCACCAGCAGCCAGAACAUCACCAACACGUCCACUGUCCCCAGCAGCAGCAGUGCCAACUCAAGCUGCAGCACUAGCAGCAGCAGACAAACUGUUUCCCAGAUAUCAGUAUACAGCGGGAUACCAGACCGACAAACUGUACAGGUGAUUCAGCAGGCUCUGCACAGGCAACCGAGCACAGCUGCACAGUACCUUCAACAGAUGUAUGCGGCACAGCAGCAGCAUCUUAUGCUUCAGACAGCAGCCCUGCAGCAGCAGCACCUCAGCACAGCUCAGCUCCAGAGUUUGGCAGCCGUGCAGCAGGCCAGUAUAGCUGCUGGUAGGCAGAGCUCUACUCAAAAUGGCACCUCAUCCACCCAAAGUGGAUCCUCACAAACUACAAUUAAUUUAACGACGUCUCCUGCCACUGCUCAGUUAAUAAGCCGUGCCCAGAGUGUAAACUCCUCCACUUCUGCCAUCUCUCAGCAGGCAGUGCUGCUAGGCAACGCCUCAAGUCCCACCCUUACAGCCACCCAGGCGCAGAUGUACCUACGUGCACAGAUGGCUCAGCAAAGUAACCUGGUGCAUGUAGCUAGGAGUCUUGGCCGAGCUGUUCCUCUCUCCUCCCAGCUUAUCCUCGCUCCCACAGCUACUGUGACGGCUCUUCAAUCUGACACUAGUGUAACCAGCAACACUCAGUCUGCACCUGCACAGGUCCAGAAUCUCGCCAUUCGGAGUCAUCAAGGGGCGACAUCCUCUCAGUCCACUGGUCUGCAGGCCCUGAGCCUUAAGCAGACUCCAGUCUCCAUCCAGCCCACUCCACUUAUCAAGACCACUAGCCAGAGUGCUUCCAACUCAGGGACCAUCACAGGAAAGGGUGGGCUCUCUGUGGUGACCACAGAUGGAGGGAAGAAACCAGAGAGCACAGAGAUUGAGGCAAAGGCAGUGAAUAUGAGCCGCAGUGUGACAUCCUCUCAGCCCCUUAUCACACCAAAAACUUUGACUCAUCUAAUAAAGUAUGCAUAUGCCCAGAUUCAACCCCAAGCCCUGAUCAAGCAACAACCACAACAGUUUGUCAUUCAACCCCAAGCUCCACCCACUCCACGAAUGCAGACUCAAUUACUACAGACAGCCUCAAUCCAGCCUCACUCACAGACUGCCUCACUUGGCCUCCAGAGCGCCUCAGCUGGAGGACCUGUCCCCGUCCUGCCUAAACCACCAGCCCUUAUCCAGGGAUCAGCUCUGAGCCAACAAGCCACCAUCUUCCAUUCCACAGUGAGCCAGCAUGCAGGCCUAAGCCAGUCUAAAGCUCAGCCUGUCCAGCUUACAGCCAUCAACCUGCAAAUCCAGCCUACACAUAGUCAGGCCUCCAGACUUGCUCAGGACAGUAAGGAUAAGCCCACAUCCCUGGUUAUAAGAGAGAUUUGCCAGCCUUGCCCGCCUCUUGGUGCCCAGUUACAAUCGUCUGCCCUGUCAACGGAGACCAAUCCUCCAGAGCCACCUAAAGCUGACACUGGGACUGACACAGGUCAAACUCAAGGUGCGGUGGAGACCCCGUGCACAGCAGCCAUGACCCCCAGAGGAGAAACUGAACCAGCUAACGGUGAAAACAAACCGCCUCAGGCCAUCGUGAAGCCCCAUGUGCUCACACAUGUGAUUGAAGGCUUUGUCAUCCAAGAAGGAGCUGAACCAUUUCCAUGUGUGCAGGUGGAGAGGCCUUCAGUUCAGACAGACAGCCCUAAGAAAGCAGAGAAGUCACUGCCAUCAGAGUCACAGAAAACCCCACCGAACAAUGCCCCCACCACCACAGACUCGGAGCCUGAGGAAUCCUCACAACAAGAUCCAGCAGUGAGAGAUGAGGAGGAGCCAGAAGAGCCCAAGCUGACGUGUGAGCUGUGCGGCUGGGUCGACUUUGCCUACAAGUUUAAAGGCUCCAAGCGCUUCUGCUCCGUAGUGUGUGCAAAAAGGUACAAUGUCGGGUGCACAAAACGCAUCGGACUCUUCCAUCCUGACCGUUCCAAAACGGCCAAUCGGUGGAGAAGGAGGUCACACAAUCAAGGAUGCAGAAGUACAGAGGCAAAGAAACAGAGGCUAUCUGUGUGCCAGCAGUCUCAGGGUGAGUCUGUGUCCUCCCCACUCCCUUCUCAACCCAGUCAAGGAGAGUCUAGUCCCUGUUCAGACAUCUCCAGUUAUGAGGACCCAGCAUCUCCUUUAUCUGCUGCCAGCUCUAGCCCUGUGGGGAUCCCACGAGGGCCCUCCGCUUCCGAUCCGGAAGAUGUUCCUACACUUAGCGAGCACUUCUUGCCAUGUGACCCUACCAAGUGGAAUGUGCAGGAGGUGUUUGAGUUCAUCCGCUCUUUGCCAGGUUGUCAGGAGAUUGCGGAUGAAUUCCGUUCUCAAGAGAUUGAUGGACAGGCCAUGCUGCUACUGAAGGAGGACCACUUAAUGAGCGCCAUGAACAUCAAACUAGGUCCAGCGCUCAAGAUCUUCGCCCGCAUUAAUAUGCUCAAAGACUCCUAGCCUCAGAAGGCAGAGUGAGAGAGUGUGUAUAUGUGCAAAAAGAUUAUUGUGUUUCUUAGUGGUCAUUUAAAGGUGACCUCACAAAAACAAAUGCACUAUAAUGUUUAAAAGAAACUGUACCUCCUGAAGAUCAAUACAUGGAAGGAAACAAAGACAAAGUAUCUAUGAAGGAUGGCACAAAUACUAAUGUUGGCCCACAAAGUACACAGUACCUUCGAGAAUGCUGAAGAGCAGUACAUCUGUACAUGAUAUUUAAAGACACUCUUAAUACAGAGCUCAUGGAUGGCACAAGGUCUAACUCUCCACCUCUAACAUACAUAUAUCCGUAUGUGAACAGAGCACACCAACUGUACAUUAUUGUUGAUUUCAGAAGUUAUUUUAUCUUUUUGUACAUGCCUGAUCCUUUUAUAUAAUUAUGUUCAAGUAAAUUAUUAAUAUGUGUGUAUGUGUGUGAAUGUGUGUCUAAGUUAAGUCACAGAAAUCUGGUGCUCAACAUUAUAGGAAUAACCCGAUCACUGAUUAGUCACUACAUGUGUUGUAUAGACCUUUAAACCAGAUGUAUGAAAAUCAGUAUAACAACUUUUACAAUGGAAAAGGCACUGUGGAUAUUCCUUUCCAGACAUGCCUCGUUAUUGGGUUAUACCUUUUUUUGGGAAUCCUUUUUCAUCAGAUCAGCUCAAGCACUUCCUUAGCGAGACCUCUUUUUUGAGACUUUGGAACGAUUUAAUGCUCUUUGACAUGUUGCAGGAUUUCGGUGUGUGUUGCUAGACAGAAUUGUAAUGAUGUCUUGUGUCUUUGUUGGGCAUGCUUUGUGAAAUGCCUGUAUUUAUCAAAUGGAUUUAUAUCGGUUAUGUAAUUUUCAUUUUUAAAUGAAAAACAAAGUUGUUUUGCAUAA